AGAAUUGGUGUCCUGCGUCCUCCGUUUGCUGCCUUUUUCCUCCCCUCUUCCGUUCGCCUCGGCUUCUCCGCCAGCCCGAGACCGAGAGCUCGACUCGGUCGUCGCCGCCACUCUACUGCUACUCGCUGCUGCUGCCCUGGUCUUCAUCGGACCCUUUGCCGGCGACGAGCACCCACCGCACCAGAGCAGAGCGUAGCGAGGGAUCCAAUGGCGGCGACGGAGGGGCAGUGGCUGCUCAUGGCAACGGGGCGGACGCCGACCAACAUUGCGGUGAUCAAGUACUGGGGGAAGCGGGACGAGGCGCUCAUCCUCCCCGUCAACGACAGCAUCAGCGUCACGCUCGACCCUGACCACCUCUCCGCCACCACCACCGUCGCCGUCAGCCCCUCAUUCCCCUCCGACCGCAUGUGGCUCAACGGCAAGGAGAUCUCGCUGUUAGGAGGAAGGUUUCAGAGCUGCCUCAGAGAGAUCAGAAAGCGUGCUCGUGACUUCGAGGAUGAGGAGAAGGGCGUCAAGAUCAAGAAAGAGGACUGGGGGAAGUUGCAUGUUCACAUAGCCUCGUACAACAACUUCCCCACUGCUGCUGGUUUGGCCUCUUCGGCUGCUGGCCUUGCUUGUUUCGUUUUCACCCUUGGAAAGCUGAUGAAUGUGAAAGAAGAUUAUGGAGAACUUUCUUCAAUAGCAAGGCAGGGAUCUGGGAGUGCAUGCCGCAGUAUAUAUGGUGGUUUUGUGAAAUGGUGUAUGGGAGAAAAAGAUGAUGGAAGCGACAGUAUUGCCGUGCAGCUUGCUGAUGAAACACAUUGGAACGAUCUUGUAAUUAUUAUUGCAGUGGUCAGUUCAAAGCAGAAAGAAACCAGUAGCACCAGUGGGAUGCGAGAUAGUGUUGAAACAAGUCCCCUCUUGCAGUACAGGGCCCAGACAGUAGUGCCAAGUCGGGUGUUGAAAAUGGAAGAGGCUAUCAAGAAUCGUGACUUUGAAUCAUUUGCCAAAUUAACUUGUGCAGAUAGCAACCAGUUUCAUGCUGUAUGCUUAGACACGAGCCCUCCCAUCUUCUACAUGAAUGACACGUCACACCGGAUAAUUAGUCUUGUGGAAAAAUGGAACCACUCAGAAGGAACACCACAGGUUGCUUACACCUUCGAUGCUGGGCCUAACGCAGUCCUAAUUGCACAAAACCGUAAAACUGCAGCACAUCUUCUCCAGAAGCUCUUAUACUAUUUCCCCCCACAGGAUAAGGAUUUGAGCAGCUAUUUGGUUGGCGAUAAAUCAAUUCUAGGUGAUGCUGGAGUGCAUUCCAUGGAAGAUGUGGAAGCUCUUCCACCACCUCCAGAGAUGAAGGUACCGGAUCUGAAAUUCAAGGGUGAUGUUAGCUACUUCAUCUGCAGCAGGCUUGGGGCUGGUCCAAAGGUCAUUGCCGACGAAAGUCAAGCAUUGAUCGAUUCAGUCACCGGACUUCCAAAAGGGGUGUAAUUUCAGAUUAGAUUAAAAUAAGGGUUUAAGCCAGAGAUUAAAGAAAAUGUUAAAUACAAGCAAUGCUAGAUUGCUAGGCUGGGAAAUGGACUAACAGAUUUCCGAAGAUACAUUAGGCUUGUGUAUUGGUUGGUUUCGUGCUUAGAGCUGGACAUAUCCUACUCCAAUUUGUAAGACAGUAUAUUGUCAUGUAUUAUACAUUUGCGCUGGUGUUCGUUGCUGUUCAAUAAAGAUAUAGUGGAACAGGUUCUCUCC